UUCAGGGUGGGUCGGAGAGAAAGAAAGAGAGAAAAAGAGAGGGACAUAGAGAGAGCAAGGAGAGAGAAAGAAAAGACUGACGAGGCCAAAACUGAGUUGUUUGUAUUAAGUUUCUGUCUGAGAAUGUAUCAGUGUGAGUGUGUGUCAGUAUGUCUAUGCAUGUGUGAACGUAUUUGUGAUACGUGUAUGAGGGUGUGCAUGCAGUGCGUGGUCCUUCUCUCCAUUCAUCCCAUCAUGCCCCUAAAGCGAUGUGAUCCGAGUGCCGUGGGUUUUGUGAGGUUGACCGUGUGUGUGUUGAGUUGGCUGCUAUGUGUGUGUUGGGCUCCAACAGUAGUGGAGGCUGCUGGUACUCCCCCUGCUCCCCAGCAGAAAGCCCUCAGCCUGCAGAGAGCCUUCCUGGGGCUAGACAAGUGCAAUGCCUGCGUGGGGACGUCCAUCUGCAAGAAGCUCUUGAAGGACCAGAUAAGGUUUGAUUGGUGGAUGUCCCCGGAUACCACACUCCCAUUGGCUGAGAAGCAGAGUUUCCCGGGGAACCUUACAGAUGAUUCAUUAAGCUGGCGUCCUGUGGUCUUGUCGUUCCUCUCCUCCCCCCGUCUGCACUCGUCCUCCGACCGGUCAAUCUGUCGCUCGGUGGGACGGCAGGGUCCCUGCAGCAUUGAGGCCGUCCUCAGGGUCACACCCAGAUUCCAGAGCUUGAACCAAUCACAUCUUUUGCUGCCCCAUAUUGUGAAGGGUUUGGCACCUCCCCUGCUGCGCUGUCCCUCCCAGAGACUGCUGGACCGCGUUGUGCGCCGCUAUGCUGAGGUGGUGGACGUGGGCAGUGUUCAGAUGAAGCACUUCUCAGAGAGAGACAAACUACGGCUGCUCUACACGCUAGCUGUCAAUCAACAGCCUCUCAUACUGCAGAUGUUCCCAGGCACCGAGGGCUGGCCAUUCCCCCGCUACCAGGGCUCGUGUGGCAGGCUGAUGGUGUGGGCAAGCUCCAGGCCUCUGUGGGGCCUUUAUGGUUCCUCCAGGGAGUUAAUCCAGAGGGUAGACGUGGCCUACCAGCUACUCCAGAUCACCCAGGGCCUGGGCCACAACAGUCUGGGUUUCCUGCUCUACUACACCAGGCUAGAGGAGGAUAUGUUCGGCCUGCUGGAUGACCAGCGAGUGUUCAUCACAGAUGCCAGCAGCAUAGGGGUCAUUGACCUGGAGCAGGGGUUCCCCCCAGACCCUCCCUCCCAAACAGGCUCUGGCGGGGACAUCUUCUCCUGCCUGGGUCAGGGUGCAUCCCCCUGCCAUCGCUCUCCUCCCUGCAGCUCUGUCCGCCCUACCCAGAGCCUCACUCUGCUCUGCACAGCACUCCUGCCCAGACUGCUGCUCACAGAGAGGGGGGCCCAGCCAACCAGGCUACCCAUGGAGGGUGAGGCAGAGGCGGGGAGGUUGGCAAGAGACGUGCCCCUGUUGCUGGGUGUGUGUGCAGACCCUAGCCAGCCUGACUGGAGGAUCAUGGCAGCAGUAGGAUCUCUGAUGGACCUGCUAAAACCCAUGAGGCCCUGCAACCCACGCUACACCUACAGGUACCCAGAGUGCAGAUACAACCAAGACUACUGAGAGCUGACAGGACUACAAUAACCAUACUACCCUGCUACAGCCAUAGACAAUGUUA